CGUGCGACGGCUUUGGUUUGGUAAUGCGGGCUGCGCUGUCGCUCAUUGGUUGCUGGGCAUUUUUUGGUGCUUGUUCCCGGAGCUUGGAGUUCUCUUUGGUUUUGAGAAAUUACGAUUCACCGCGACAGGAUAAUCUAUUUGGUUUGACGCUGAUAUCGCACAAUGGAGGACGACGAAAGGCCUAGGAAGUACCCCAAAUUGAGUAAUGACGACGGACAGGAGGAUCCGGAGCCUACAAUGACUGGAGCUGUGGGAUCUGUUCCCCACGAGGACGCCGCCCAGCCCACUACGCAGAAUGAUGUCGCAACAGCAGCGAAUGGUGCCGAUGACAAGCCAAAGGCUGGACAGCAAACUGUGGAUGAAAGCAAAGAGGAUGCGCCCAAAAUAUCGAAGAGGCAAUUGAAGAAACUCCGUCGCAGAGAACAGUGGGACGCGCAGAAGGAUCAGCGCAGGACUCAACGCAAAGAAAAGACGGCCGCAAGGAAACAGCGCAGGCGCGAGGCAUUGAAAGAGGCAAGAGAGGAAGGUGGCCAAGAAGCAGUAGACCAGCUUCUUCAGACCUGGCAGCCAAAUCGGCAAAAGUUCAAGCAAUCGACUUUGUUGCCGAUCACUCUUGUUGUGGACUGUGGCUAUGACGACUUGAUGCUUGAGAAGGAACGGAUUUCCCUUUCAUCACAACUUACGCGCUCGUACUCCGAUAAUCGGGGAGCGCCCUACCGUACUCACAUGGUGUUCUCUUCCUUCAAUAAAUUACUCAAGGAGCGUUUCGACACAACCCUAGCAAAGUCAUAUAAUAAUUGGAAGGGAAUCCGCUUCAUGGACGAAGAUUUUGCGCAUGCUGCAGAACAGGCAAAGGAAUGGAUGAAGGAGCCCAAUGGAGGUCAGUUGGCGGGCAUGUUUGCUAACCAGACGGACGCAGCGCCUGAAGACGGAGAGAUUGUGUACCUCAGCAGUGACAGCCCAAACACGCUGACAGAACUAAAGCCAUACAGUACCUACAUAGUCGGAGGACUGGUGGACAAGAACCGUCACAAAGCAAUUUGCUACAAAACGGCAGUGGAAAAGGGAAUCAAAACCGCUAAAUUGCCUAUUGGGGAUUACAUUCAAAUGGCCUCGCGCCAAAUAUUGGCGACCAACCACGUUGUGGAGAUUAUGAUCCGAUGGCUGGAACUCGGCGAUUGGGGUGAAGCUUUCAUGAAAGUUAUUCCUCGGAGAAAGGGUGGUACACUGAAGGAUUCGGGGCGAGCUUCUGAAGAUCCAUCGCAGGAAGGCGAUGUUGCCGAAGCUGACUCGGAUGAAGAAGCGGAAGCUGCUGAACCAAAAGAUGAGGCUGCUGAACUACAAGCUGAAGCUACUGCUCCUAGUACCAAUCCUUGAUACCAUAUAGGAAAAAAAAGCAAUUUUAAUGAACCUUAUGUUCAGUCGACAGUAUUGUACAUAGCACAGUACUAUACAAGCACGUGACUAGACGACACGUUCCAGCCACAUGGUCGUAGCGCCACAGCGCCACAGCGGUUGCCACUGACGAUCGAUGACGGAAGAUCAACACAAACA